AUGGUACUGGUGGUGCAGGAGGAUGAAGGCGAGGAGGCGGAGCAGUUUGAGGAAGAUGAGAAAGACGAGGAGGAGGCGGUGGAAUUCGCAGAAUGCGCCGCUCUAUCCACAAAAUCGGCAAUGGGAAUCUCAUCCCCCAAGACAAUCAAGUUGCGCGGUUCAGUGGGAGAGGCUGAGGCGGUGGUACUCAUUGACAGCGGGGCUACCCACAAUUUUAUCGAUUGCCGGCUGAUGCAAAAGUUAGGGCUCGUGGCGGAGGAAACCCAGAGUUAUGGAGUGAUCACGGGGUCGGGAAAGCCAGUCAGGGGAGGAGGCAUUUGUAGGAACGUAACACUGACAAUGCAAGGCUACUCGAUUACGUCUGAUUUCCUUCCCUUAGAGCUCAACAACGUCGAUAUAAUACUGGGCAUUCAGUGGCUCGAGACGCUUGGAGAAACAAGAGUUAACUGGAAGCUGCAGACUCUGAAAAUUCCAGUGGAGGGUAGAUUGGUGUCGCUUCAAGGGGUUCCAAACUUGUGUAGCUCGGAGGUGUCGUGCAAAGCUAUGCAAAGGUUGCUGGAACAAGCUGAAGUGAGUGUAGUGGUCGAAUGUCGAGAAGUAGUGGCGGAGUUGAAAGGGAAGGCGGAGUAUUCCGGACAAAUGCAGGGACUACUGUCUCAAUUCCAACAAGUGUUCCAAGAGCCGCAAGGCUUACCACCAACUAGAGGGAGGGAGCAUGCGAUCAACCUGGUUCAGGGGAGUAAUCCGGUGAGUGUGAGGCCCUUCCGCUAUCCUCACGCUCAGAAGGAGGAGAUUGAGAAGCAAGUGACUACGAUGCUGAAGGCGGGAAUUAUCCAAGAAAGCAUCAGUCCGUUCUCCAGUCCGGUAUUAUUAGUCAAAAAGAAGGAUGGCAGUUGGCGCUUCUGUGUAGACUAUCGGUCUCUCAACAAGGUUACGGUAUUGGACAGUUACCCGAUACCAAUGAUAGACCAGCUAUUGGAUGAGUUGCGUGGGGCGAGGGUGUUUUCCAAGCUAGACUUACGCUCAGGAUAUCAUCAGAUACGGGUCAAGACUGAAGAUAUCCCGAAGACGGCCUUUCGUACUCACGACGGGCACUACGAGUUCCUUGUAAUGCCGUUUGGGCUGUCUAACGCACCCGCCACGUUCCAGUCUCUUAUGAAUGAGAUAUUUCGGCCUUAUCUAAGGAGAUUUGUGCUGGUGUUCUUCGAUGACAUACUGGUCUUCAGUAGGAAUCAACAAGAACAUAUGGAGCAUGUGAGGGUUGUCUUGGAAACGCUUCAACAGCACCGGCUAUACGCUAAUUUGAAGAAAUGUGAGUUUGGCUGCACUAGCAUCGAGUACUUGGGCCAUGUUAUUUCGGAGGAGGGGGUGGCAGCUGAUAAACGCAAGGUGGAGGCGAUGACAGACUGGCCAGUGCCUCGCAGUGUGAAGGAACUGAGAGGGUUUUUGGGGCUCACGGGGUAUUACCGAAAAUUUGUGAAGGACUAUGGAAUCAUUGCUAGACCCUUGACGGAGCUACUUAAAAAGGAUCGUUUUGGAUGGAGCGUAGUGGCAGAGGGGGCGUUCUCUGCGUUGAAGGAAGCUAUGUCAACGGUACCAGUUCUGGCCUUACCAGACUUCCAGGAGCAGUUUGUCGUGGAGUCAGAUGCAUCAGGCAAGGGACUGGGAGCUGUACUCAUGCAGAACCAGAGACCUUUAGCGUACUAUAGCCAAGCUCUGUCAGAGAGACAGCAGCUCAAGUCAGUAUAUGAACGUGAGCUGAUGGCCAUAGUGUUCGCAAUUCAGAAGUGGCGACACUAUCUACUAGGGAGAAAAUUCCUUGUUCGAACAGACCAGAAGAGCCUCAAGUUUCUGUUGGAACAACGCGAGAUCAACUUGGAAUAUCAAAAGUGGUUAACGAAGCUCCUAGGCUUCGACUUUGAUAUACAGUACAAACCUGGGUUGGAGAAUAAAGCAGCGGAUGCUCUAUCUAGAAGAGGUGUAGCAGCAGAGUUGUUGGCACUAUCAGUUCCUACGGCUAUUCAGUUUCAAGAUAUCGAGAAGGAGUUGGCUCUAGAUCCAAUACUACAGAAGCUGAAAGAGGAGAUUGUAGCUAACAAGGGGGAACAUAAGGAGUAUGAAGUCGUACAAGGGAGGUUGAUGCGUCGGGGAAAACUGGUGCUACCUAAGGACUCCCCACUGAUUGGGAUAAUUAUGAGGGAACUCCAUGAUGGGCUCAUGGGAGGUCACGGAGGGGUGCAACGCACGCAGAAGAAAGUCAGUGACAUGUUUUAUUGGGUGGGAAUGAUGAGUGACAUAAGGAAGUAUGUAGCCGCAUGUUCAGUCUGUCAGCGGCACAAGUACUCAACGUUGGCACCAGGAGGACUGCUGCAACCACUAGCUAUUCCAGAAGCAGUUUGGGAGGAUAUUGCUAUGGAUUUCGUGGAAGGGCUGCCCAGAUCAGAAGGGUUUAAUGCGAUACUAGUAGUCAUUGAUCGACUAUCUAAGUAUGCGCAUUUCAUCAAGCUGCGACAUCCUUUCACCGCAACAGAAGUAGCAUUAUUGUUUGUGCAAGAAGUGGUGAAGCUACACGGGUUUCCGAAAACCAUCGUCUCAGACCGGGAUAAGGUAUUCACCAGUCAGUUCUGGAAGGAGCUGUUUCGACUAGCAGGGACGUCGUUAUGUAUGAGCACAGCUUAUCAUCCGCAGACUGACGGCCAAACAGAGGUGACAAACAGGGGCUUAGAAACAUACCUUCGAUGCUACACGAGUGACAAACCCAAGGCGUGGGCAAAGUUUUUACCGUGGGCGGAACUUUGUUAUAACUCAUCAUUUCACUCAGCUAUCAAGAUGACUCCGUUCAAAGCAGUCUAUGGUCGUGAUCCUCCAUUUCUUCUCAAGUAUGAGCAAGGAUCGACCACAAACGCGGACCUUGAGAGUAAACUGAUUGAGCGAGAUGAUAUGUUAUCUCUGCUACGGGAGCACAUUGGUCACGCUCAGCAAGUGAUGAAGCGACAGGUUGAUGGGCACCGCAGGGAGGUAGUGUUUGAGGUCGGAGAUAAGGUGUAUCUGAAGCUCAGGCCUUACCGUCAACAGACACUGGCAAGAAGAGCUAAUGAGAAACUGUCAGCGCGUUUUUACGGACCAUAUGAGAUCACAGCAAGAGUGGGUAAGGUCGCUUAUCGUCUUAAGCUACCGGAGGAGGCUAAAAUUCAUCCUACUUUUCACGUCUCUCAGUUGAAAAAAGCCAUUGGAGAGGACAACCCAGUUGCUCCACUACCAUCUCAGUUGACCACGGAAGGGGUGUUGGUGGCUCAACCAGAAAAGGUAUUGGGAACACGGGUGAGCCCUCUGACGGGCCAAGAUGAGUUGCUGAUUCAGUGGAAAGGUCUGCCUGAGUAUGAGAGUUCGUGGGAGUGGAAGAAAGUGAUACAGGGACAGUUUCCGGAGUUUGACCUUGAGGACAAGGUCAAUUUCGCAGAAGGGAGUAAUGUUAGUUAUGAAGCAAGAAGACCUCCAUUGCUGUAUGAGUAUUCAAGGAGGAAGAAAAGCAGUCAGCAGAAGAUGACAAAUGAGCAGAGUGACGUGGCACGGGAGGCUGCCGGAGCUGCGGUAGCGGCGUCGCGGAAUCCCAGGCAUUCGAUUCUGGAUUGGGUCUUCUCCUCUCACCGUUCGUCUCUGUUACCAUGGGGAUCUAUGACUCUAGCCGAUUCUAGCUCCGAAUCCGUUGCUGAGCCUAAGACCGGGUUCUCGUUCCCGGCUACAAUCGGAGAAUCCCGGAGAUUACUCGGCGUGGGGCUGAGGAAGAAGAGCGUGCUGGGGUUGAAGAACAUCGAUGUCUACGCAUUCGGCAUAUAUGCAGACUGUGAUGAUGUGAAGAAACUUGUGGGUGAGAAGUACUCGAGUCUUGCAGCUUCUGAGCUCAGGGGAAACAAUGCUUUCAUGGAUCAACUCAUGGAAGCCGACAUAAAGAUGACUAUAAGGCUGCAGAUCGUCUACGGCAAACUCAACAUCCGUUCCGUGCGCAAUGCUUUCCAAGAAUCUGUUGGUAACAGACUCAAGAAGUUUGGUGGCGUUGACAACGAUGAGUUGCUCCAAAGCUUUACUGGCCUCUUCAAAGAUGAGUAUAAAAUUCCAAGAAGUUCCAUAAUUGAUUUGACUCAAGAACCAGGCCAUGUACUCAGCGUAGCAAUUGAGGGAAACCAUGUUGGGAGUGUGAAGAGCAAACUCUUGUGUAGGUCAAUCUUAGACUUGUACAUUGGUGAAGAACCGUUUGAUAAGAAUGCAAGAGAAGAUUUUCUAGACAAUGUGGCUUCUCUAGCCGCCCACAAGUAG